AUGUCUUAUGCAUGGCAGUUAAUACCACUACGUGCGAGUUCCAUUGAUAUUCAUCCGAAUGCAAAAUGGUCACAGAAUGGUAUCACUGUUGCUGGAGGAAAUGGAAAAGGCAGUGAAACCAAUCAACUCGAUCGUCCAUGGGGUUUGUAUGUCGACGACGAUCUAACGAUUUAUGUCGCUGAUCCGUAUAAUCAUCGUAUUGUGGAAUGGAAAUCUGGUGCAACAAACAGAAAAGUAGUUGCUGGUGGAAAUGGAGAAGGAAAUGGAAUUCAUCAGUUAAAUCACCCACUUGAUGUGAUUAUCGACAAAGACAGCGUUAGUCUCAUCAUCUCCGAUGUUAUGAAUAAAAGAGUAGUUCAAUGGCCUCGUCGAAAUGGUACUCGUGGAGAAACAAUUAUUUCAAAUAUCUCUUGCUGGGGUUUGACAAUGGACGACAAUGAUUUUCUCUAUGUCGUUGACGAUGGAAAACAUGAAGUGAGACGAUAUAAAAUUGGUGACACUAAAGGAACAGUAGUUGCAGGUGGCAAUGGACAAGGAAGCCGUCUCGAUCAACUAUCUGGUCCCUCUUACGUAUUUCUCGAUCGAGAUCAUUCAGUUUAUGUGUCUGAUUGUUACAAUCAUCGUGUAAUGAAAUGGGAAGAAGGUACAACACAAGGCAUUAUCGUAGCCGGUGGUCAUGGACAAGGAAAUAGUCUUACACAAUUGUUUUGUCCUCAAGGAGUCGUUGUCGAUCAAUUGGGUACUGUCUAUGUCGCCGAUCUAGGGAAUCAUCGAAUCAUGCGUUGGCCAAAAGGAGCCACACAAGGAAGUGUCAUUGUUGGUAAAAACGGUUAUGGAGCACAGUCCAAUCAACUCGCUUGUCCCAUAGGUUUAUCAUUCGAUCGACAUGGCAAUCUCUAUGUCGCCGAAUAUGGAAAUCAUCGAGUACAAAAAUUUAAUAUCGCUUUGUUCUCUUUCUCUUUUAAAUAA